GACUGACCAACAAGGACCUGCAUGAUGCAGGGAGGUGAGGAGAUUACAGCUUCGGGGCUCCUGGCUUUUGGCCGGUGCCCCAAUAAAUCAGCCUAGUGACGCCCCUGGGUGGGGGGAGUUGCUAGUGCAUGUAGCGCCGGUCAGCUGGGGGUGUUGAGCAUCGUGGUGUCACCCCAUAAGGCUGGUGUCACCCUGGUGCGAGCCGCACCCCGGUUGCUACGCCACUGCCUCACUGCAAUGUAUUAUCCAGAAUUCCCCAUUGUGAGCUGAACCCCUGUGAGAUGCAGACAAGAUCUAGACAGCGUGAGCCUUUUCAGAAGAGGAACAUUUCCAAGCAGACUGACAAGCAAUACAAAGUGCUAAUUUAUUAUUUGAAGGAGACGAUGUCUCAUGAAGAAUCCACAGAAGAAUCUGAGGAGGAUGAUAGUGAAGAAGAACCAAAGCUGAAAUAUGAGAGGCUAUCAAAUGGAGUGAGUGACAUCUUACAAGAAGAUGCAGCAAGCUGUAUGACAGUCCAUGAAAAGUUCUUGGCCUUGGGGACUCACAGUGGGAAGGUCUAUUUACUUGACAUCCAAGGGAACAUGACACAGAGGUUUGAUAUUAGCACUGUGAAGAUCAAUCAGAUUAGCCUGGAUGAAGGUGGGGAGCAUGUAGGCGUCUGCGCUGAGGAUGGCAAGGUGCAGGUGUUUGGACUUUAUUCAAGAGAAGGAUUACAUGAAAUAUUUGACUGCCCCAUAAAGAUUGUUGCUGUGCACCCUCAAUUUGGAAAAUCUGCCUGUAAACAGUUUGUGACGGGAGGAAAGAAGCUCAUCCUGUAUGAGAGAACCUGGCUGAACCGAUGGAAGACAACCAUUUUACACGAAGGAGAAGGGACUAUAACCAAUAUUAAAUGGAGGGGAAAUCUUAUGGCUUGGUCCAAUAACAUGGGUGUCAAAAUACUAGACAUAAUCACAAGGCAAAGGAUUACAAAUGUGCCGCGAGAUGACACCAGCCUACGUCCUGACAUGUACCCCUGCAGCCUCUUCUGGAAGGAUAAUCUGACCCUUGUAAUCGGAUGGGGGAAAUCUGUCAAGAUCUGUUCUGUGAAGGAGCGACAUGCCAGUGAAAUAAGAGACUUGCCUAACCGUUAUGUGGAGAUUGUGUCCCAGUUUGAUACAGAAUUCUUCAUUAGUGGAAUAGCACCUCUCUGCGACCAGUUUGUGAUGCUUUUCUUUGUGAAGGAGAUGACUGACAAUGCGAAUAAGGAGCUUUGUGCCAGGCCUCGACUCGAUAUCAUUCAGCCUCAGGCAGAUUCAUGUGAAGAAGUGUCCUCUGAUGCCAUAACAGUCAGGGGCUUCCAGGAGAAUGAGUGCAGGGAUUAUCGUUUGGAGUAUGCUGAAGGUGAAUCACUCUUUUAUAUCAUCAGCCCAAGAGAUGUAGUUGUGGCCAAAGAGCGGGACCAGGACGACCACAUCGACUGGCUAUUAGGGCGUAAGAAAUAUGAGGAAGCUCUUAUGGCUGCAGAAAUUAGUCAGAAGAACAUUAAGAGACAUGAGGUUUUGGAUAUUGGUUUAGCUUAUAUAACACAUCUCGUGGAAAAGGGAGAUUACGACAUGGCUGCCAGAAAGUGUCAGAAAAUACUUGGCAAAAACAUGAAACUGUGGGAAGAUGAAGUUUACCGAUUCAAGAAAAUAGGACAAUUGAAGGCCAUCAGCAAGUAUCUACCAAGAGGAGAUUUACGGCUGAGACCUGCAAUUUAUGAAAUGAUCCUGGACGAGUUUUUGAGAACGGAUUAUGAGGGAUUCUCCACCCUAAUCAGAGAGUGGCCUGGAGACCUGUACAAUAACAAAACUAUAGUCCAUGCAUUAAAGCAGCAUCUGAACCGAGACCGAAAUAACCGAACACUCUUGAAGGCUCUUGCAGAACUACACACAUAUGAUCAAUGUUAUAGUCAAGCUCUGGAAAUUUAUCUUACCCUUCAACACAAGGAGGUAUUUGAACUGAUUCACAAGCAUAACCUCUUCAGCUCUAUCAAGGACAAAAUCGUUUUGCUGAUGGAUUUUGAUACAGAGAAAGCUGUGGAUAUGCUUUUGGACAAUGAAGACAAAAUCUCUAUUGAUAAAGUUAUUGAAGAGUUAAAAGAUAGACCGGAAUUGCAACAUGUGUAUCUUCACAAGCUUUUUAAGAGAGAUCAUCAUAAAGGUCAAAAAUAUCAUGAAAAACAAAUCAGCUUGUAUGCAGAAUACGAUCGACCAAAUCUUCUGCCUUUUCUUCGAGACAGCACUCAUUGCCCAUUGGAAAAGGCCCUUGAGAUCUGUCACCAGAGAAAUUUUGUGGAAGAAACAGUUUUUUUGCUAAGUAGAAUGGGUAACAGUCGAAGAGCAUUGCAGAUGAUCAUGGAGGAACUAAAGAAUGUAGACAAAGCUAUUGAGUUUGCAAAGGAGCAGGAUGAUGCUGAGCUGUGGGAGGACCUUAUUCUAUACUCCAUUGACAAACCACCAUUCAUAACUGGAUUGUUAAAUAACAUUGGGACCCAUGUUGAUCCGAUCCUUCUGAUUCACCGGAUUAAAGAGGGAAUGGAGAUUCCUAAUUUGAGGGACUCGCUUGUUAAAAUCCUGCAAGACUAUAACCUCCAGAUACUUUUAAGAGAAGGUUGCAAAAAGAUCUUAGUAUCAGACUCUCUGUCAUUGUUGAAGAAAAUGCACCGAACUCAGUCAAGAGCCAUGCUGGUUGAUGAAGACAAGAUUUGUGAAGUUUGCUUGUCUCCAAUACUUCCAACAGACUCUUCUAAGCCUCUCGGAGUGGUGGUAUUCCACUGCAGGCAUAUGUUCCACAGAGAGUGCCUGCCUGUUGGCAACACAAUGUCCCCUGCUUAUUUCUGUAACAUCUGCAGUGCCAAACACAGAGGUCCUGGGAGCGCAAUCUUAGAUAUGACUAAAUAGUCUGUAAUAAAUGCAUUGUUUCUCUUGUUUAUUAUUCAUGAUGCUUGUGAUAAGUAAUGUUAUGUCUUGUGUCUAGAAAUGUACUCCUGUUGACAGGGACGCAUAGUGUCGCUUACUGUAUAUUAGUUAUUCUUCUGGACACAACUGUCGCAUGUGCAAAGCAUACGGCUGUAAAAAAUUUAUGUUACAAAUUAAAAUAAAGUUUCUGUACUUCUGUUUUCA